GGGGAGCCGACCCUCUUCUCAGGUGGGCAUGCACAGGCAGAAGAGAUGAUCCCGCCCUGGCAGGCUUCAGGGCUCCACUCUUCGGCAAUGGGCCCCGGCUCUUCGGCGCCCGAGUCGCCCUCCGAGAUGCCAGUGCCCACAGAGAUGCCCACCAGCCCAGUGAUGGACAUUGGAGAGGCACCACUACCUGUGCCAAUUGCGCCCUUGUCUGAAGGCGAAGAAGAGGCAACGGUGCAAGAGGCCGAGGUGCCAAUGCCGUUGAGGUCCGCAGGCCUUCCAUCUUCAGCCUUGGUCUCGUCCUCGAUUGGAUCACCCUCAGAAAUGCCCGUGCCCACCGAGCUUCCCACCAGUCCGGUUUCGGAGACCGACGAGGUCGAGACGGUGCAAGAGCCCACGAUUUUCUCAGGGGAGCCCACGAGACAGUUGGAUGAGAUUCCGUUCAAAUCAGCAGGUCUUCACUCCUCGGCCAUGGGCCCGAGCUCCUCGCAGCUGGAGUCGCCGUCGGAGAUGCCGGUACCUACUGAGAUGCCCACAAGUCCCAUGUCGGACAGGGAGGCGCCGCCCACACGGGUCUCAGGCAGUGAUCCGACGUUGCAGGCCGACGACAUUCCCUUGCAGUUCAGAUCCUCAGGUGCUCAUUCCUCGGCGCUUGGCCCUGGCUCGUCGCAGUUCAUGGACUCGCCUUCUGAGAUGCCGGUGCCAACACAGAUGCCGACCAGUCCAACCUCCCUUGGGGUUCUUGGCGAGGUGGGCACGGGAGAGCCGACGCAAACGCAACUCCUCCCAGG